CCCAAAUACGUCUCUCUCUCUCUCUCUCUCAUCUCUCUCAUAAACAUGAUGAAGAAAAGCAAGCUGAUCACCAAGGCAUGGAAGCAAAUGUCAAGCAGAGUUGCCAAACACCGCGAAGCCACGUCGGGAAAGCCUAAGGAUCAAUAUCGUAUACCACAUGACGUACCAAAAGGACACCUGGUGGUGUACGUAGGUAAAGAAGAGGACAGUUACAAGAGGUUCGUUAUAAAGAUCACGUUACUUCACGAUCCCAUCUUCAGGGCUUUGCUUGAUCAAUCAAAAGACGAAGCUUACGACGAUUUCACUUCCGGAGAUUCCAAGCUUUGUAUUCCUUGUGACGAAACUUUCUUUCUUGAGGUUAUCCGUUGCGCUUCUCCUCGUUAUUCUUGAUGAGUCUUUGAUUCAAUAAGAGGGUUCUACGUACUUUAACGUUUAGGGUUUUUUGAUAACAUUAAUGUGAGAGGAUCCAUUUGAGGUGUUUGUAGAAUUAAUGAAGGAUGUUGUGAAA